AUGCUUCCGUAUGGGUUACGCUCGAGAAAUUUUAUAUUGGGUUUGCUGGUACUUCCAAACCUCGCGAGUUGUCUGUUGAACCAGUCUGCCAUUGAUGCCUGCUCAUCUUUCCUGCGAGAUCACCCUCAGCUCACCCUUCUCCCUAACAACACCGAGUACUCUUCCAUCAACGAAGACUACUUCAGUGCAGAAGACUGGCUUGGACCAGCAUGUAUUUUCACGCCAAAUAGCCCGGAAAUCAUGGCAUAUGCAGUGCAAAAACUGGUGCACUCCGGAAUCCAGUUUGCUGUGCGCGGAGGCGGAUGGAUGCCCAUAGCGGGCGCGGCCAACAUCGAUUCGAAGGGAAUUUUGUUAGCGACUUCAAAUUUGACAGGCCUCGAGCUCGCCGAAGACCGCAAAUCGAUCUCAGUAGCGUCCGGGCAUAAUUGGGCAGACAUCUACAACUACCUAUCGCCGGAAGGGUUGGCCGUGGUUGGAAGUCGUAUCGGGGUCGUCGGUGUCCCCGGCUUCAUGUUGGGAGGAGGAAUGUCUUUCUUAGGCAACCAGUACGGCUGGGCGUCAGGGAAUGUGAUUGGCUAUGAGGCGGUCUUGUCUUCCGGCGCUGUGGUCUAUGCUACCGCAGAAAACCAGUAUUCUGAUCUUUUUUGGGCACUCCGCGGCGGCGGAAACAACUUUGCCAUUGUUACGAAAUUUGACCUCAAAACUUACGAGAUCACACAAGUGUCUGUGGGCAGCGUUGCCUACGGCUCCGGUCAACGUGACUCCUUUAUCGCGAACCUCUACGACUUCGCCCAGAACGGUGUACAGGACAAGCGCGCUUUUGUCCUCCCAACUAUUUCCUACGUCCCGGCAGCUGGGCCCAACAUCUCGUACUCGGCAACUUUGUUCUACAAUAGCAACAACGAAACCUCCCCUCCCGCGUUGCAACAAUUUCUCCCCCCGGCCGUCACCCCAAAGACUAACACGUUCGCGUCUCGCACCCUGGCGAACUGGUCAGUCGAGGCUGACCAGGGCUUCGACCAGGUUCACGGCCAGAACUUCCGCUUCCACGGUUUCACGAUGCUGUCGAGCCUGGACGCCUUGUACGCUGCGCAUGACAUCUUCUUCAACUAUACCCAGGAACGCGGCCCGGCUAUCAAUGGCUUCAUCUCCACUCUCGCCAUGAAUCCCAUCUCCCGAUCCUUCAUCGAGACCAAUCGGGGACUUGACCCUGCGGGCGACCCAAUGGGCAUCGACAGCGCCGCAGGGCCAUACUUCAUGUGCGAAGAGACAUUCUCCUGGACUUUUAAAAACGACACCGAGGUGAUUGAGAAGCUCAUUUCGGAUAUCAACUCAGAGAUGCAUUCUAAAAUAGGGGAUUACUUGGUACCUUUCUUAUAUCUCAACAAUGCGGGAAAUGGGCAGGAUGUCUUCCAGUCUUACAAUGCUACAAAUUUGGCGCGGCUGAAGACAAUCAAGCAAAAGUACGACUCUGACGGGGUAUAUACAAACCUGUUGGUCGGAGGAUUCAAGUUGUAG